UGUGCUGAGCAGAAGUGGGUCGAAGUACGUAUGCUUUCCAUCCACUUGUGGCAACCACCCUCACCGGAAUCCAUACAAACCCCAAGGGAACAUUUCUCCAGCAAGCACCAACGAGACGUGGUCGACUCGCAUCGUGGUGCAUUCAACGCGUACGUCUAGGUUUCGUAUUUCCAUCAUCUCUGGUUCGGGCAAUUUCCCGCUGUCCCAUGUAAGGAACAGCGAGAUCCGAGCGAUCCAACUCCUGAGUUAAACCAUGGCACGAUGGCGCAGCAGCGACUCAUUAGCGUCAUAGUGCCGAUUAGCUCUUCGAUAAACCCCAUCGCGCGAUAGGCAGCAUCGUUCUGCGGAAGUCUAUGUCGUCAGUUGCAAUGUCCAAACUGGGGAACGAUCCCUCAACGAGGUCAUCUGUUCCCAAAAUUAUCCCAUUUCGCUGAAUAUGGACCCUAUGUUGUCCCCACAUGUCUGGCCACGCCUUCCAGGGCCCUGGGUAUAAGAUCCCCCACGAUCUCGCGACCCCUCACUCACUCUAUCUCACUCAAUAUCCUCAAACCAAUUCCUCAAGAACUACAUCAGCCUUACUCUUCCAUCUACCAUCCUCACAUCUCUCAACAUGGGUCUCUUCCACCACCACCACGAACACGGUAACCAGCACGGCCCUGGCGGCCAUGGUGGUCCCCAGGGCGGUCCCGGCGGUCCCGGCGGUCCUCACGGUGGUGGUCCCGGUGGCCCUGGUGGUCCCGGUGGCCCUGGUGGCCCUGGUGGUCCUCACGGCGGUCCUGGCGGUCACGGUGGUCACCAGGAAGGCCCUGGAGGACAUGGCGGCCCUCACGGCGGUGGUCCCGGUGGUCCUGGCGGUCCUGGCGGUCCUCACGGCGGCGGCCCUGGUGGCCCUGGUGGCCCUCACGGAGGCCCUGGCCGUUGGUAAAUCCCUGACGGACCGUAAGUCGAGUUCCGCAGAUGAUCGAACCUUCAAAUUACUCGAGCGAGUGACUGUUGCAUUGAUUCCACGUCGGAUAUGAACCGUUUUGUAUAUACUUUGGCAGUGAUAUCACAAUCUGAUACUUUUCGUGUCGUCGGACUUUGGCGUGGUUGGUGCAAUUAUUUCCAAGAUAUAGUUUGUUUGGUGUAGACUGUUGCCCAUCCCAACCACACCUACACACCCCUCAAAACCAUCUCCUCAUAAUCCAGAACAUGCAACUUCCCCUUC